CUUCGUCAUAAUGAAAGACUCUCUUGAGAGCUAUUUCCUCCAACAUCUCAAAGCUGAGCGGAAGAGAAGAACUAAAGAAAAGAAAGAAAUUAGCCAAAAUCAUCACCAAAGUCAUAAUAAAAGUGGAUUAAAAAGUAAAUCAAGAUAUAAUUACUCCAAGUCAGCACUGGGAUAUCAUCCUGCCCAAUUGUUUGAUAAAAUGACUGAUGAGCGAGAGGGGCGACAGAAUAGACGAAUGGUCAAAGUUGACAGUCACUCACACCUCAAGAAUGCAAGUCUGGCUCCAACUGUCAACACUAUUAAGCCAAGGAAGGUAAAGAAGUGUACUAAAAAGGCGCAAAUGACAGCAAAGCGACUGGCUGCAUCUACUCUAGAGCAUGAUGAAGACCUUGAUAACAGUCUAUUUAAAAGUUUCCAUAAGAAAACUCCUAAUACUAAGCACUUGGAGUUUCAGGAUAUGAAGUCGAAGAGUCGUAAAAAGACAGCUAAGAUGAAAAGUAAUCAAAGAAAUAAGUCAAAGCAUAAGCCAAAAGGGAAGAAGGAUAUUACUUUUUCCCAAAGCUCGAAGAAUAAGAAGGUCCUCAUCAGCGGGAAGCCAACCCCUGAGCCGAAGAAUUAUUUUAUCAAAGAUAAGUUUGCCUUUGGCCUCAAGCCUGAGACUAAGACUUUUGAUAAUUGAGGCAAUAUUUUGAAUGAUAAGCAGACAAGUUCUACAAUAAAUUUGAAUACAAAUAGCAAGAAGCAUUCAAAGUCUAGGAAGAGGGAGAAACCAUGGAGUAGAGCAUUUAGAAAGCGAGAGAGCCCUUACUCUUCUCAGACAAAGUCUGAUCAUAUUAGGUCAAAGAGUUCAUACGUCAAGGGACCUAAUUCUCUGAAGUCAAUAUUUCAAAUUUACAGAGAGAGUGGAAAUAGCGGCAAUAAUUCAAAAGAAGUAAAAGUUGCUAGGAAGAUCAACACUUCCCUACCUAUUCAAAUCAAUAGGGAAGGGUUUAAAAUAGGGUGUAUCAAUUUUAAGAUGAGGAAAAAUAACACGAAGGCCCGGAAGAUCUCUAAGCACAAUUCGAUACCUUCUCAGAAUCACUCAUUGAACACUAGAAAUAAAUCAAACAAGAGAUCAGAUCUGGCUGACAAGAGAGCUCUGAAGGAGGAAGAGUUUGGAACUUUAAUAAUGAACGAGUACCAUCAUAAAUUUGCAAAGUCUCCUACUGUACAGAAGCAAAGAAAUUUUACAAACAAAAUAUCUGUUGCGAGGAAGAAUGUGUUGAAAUCAAAGAAAAUGCCUAAUGAAUCAAAUGUGUAUGUCCAUAGAAAAACUCCAAAAAGCAAACUGAAAGGCAGGAGGAAAGAAAUGUAUAAAAAUAAUGAUACUUUGACUAAGAGUUAUCAUCCUGUAAGCAACACUGACCAUAAUAUCUACUCAUCAAAGUUCUUGGAAGGACCUAGGUCUAGUAGUCAGGCUAAUUCUAUGAUAUUUCCUCAAAGACCUGCUUCUAAUUCUUCAAUGACUGCAAAUACAGAAUAUACUGUUAGUAAUAAGAUCGAGACAAGUCAGAAUUCGUUAAGACAAGAUGUUAUGUCAGAAAUUAAAAAAAGCGCAAAGGCUAACAUGGAUCCUGUGCUUUCUAUACAAGAAGGAGGCACUCCACUUGAUACUAGGUUUACUAAGAGCUUGCAGAUCCAGUCUCCAAGUUCUAAAUUUAGCCAUCGAGAAAGCCAGCCUGCUGUAAAGUCUCCUGCUAGGAGGCUUUACUUGAAAUAUAAAACUUCUCUCCAUGGGCAUAAAAAUACUGUGAACAGUUUGGCAUUUGAUACUAAAUACUACUCACAUCUGUUCAGUGGAUCCCAUGACUACAGUAUCAAAAUAUGGCAUUGAACUUCUUUCUCUCCAAGAGAAGGAGUCAACGAGGUAGCACAAUCCUCAACAGUUGAUCGGUGAUAUAAGACACUGAAUUUGCACACAAAGAAGAUAAAUUGACUCAGGUACCUUCCUAAUUCUUGUGUGCUUAUCUCUGCAGGGGCUGACCAGAGACUCUGACUCAUUAACACAGAAAAUACAGAAGAGUUUGAUACAAUAGCUAUUUUCAGGAGAAAAUUUGGCCAUAUAAAUGAUAUGGUUUCAUUAGCCUCAAGUGGAUAUGAGCUUGACGAAGCCAAACUGAUCACUUCCUCGUUAGACAGAAAAAUCAGGGUUAUUGAUCUGAACAAUGAUGGUAAGGUAAUCUCUGAUUUCUCCAAUCCUGAUGGGAAGGCAAAUUGUCUGAAGAUGCAUAACUCCAGUAACUUUUUACUUAUUGCUGAUGACUCGAAGAAAAUAAAGCUAUGGGAUAUAAACUCUGGAAAAAUAGUUAGCACUUUUGCAGAUUCUUGAGGCAACAAGACAUGCAUUGAAAACUAUGAUAAUGAUACUUUUAUUACCUCGUCUAGUGACGGACUUCUCAGCAUGUGGGAUUACAGAAUGACUCGUAAAGUUCUGAAAUCUAAUGUAAUCAAAGAAAAGGAAAUCAAGGGUCAGCCUAAUUGAAACAUAAAUCAGAUUCUAUAUACCAACGGGAUCAUUUUCACAGCCACUAAUCAAGGAAUCGUGCUAGUAAAUUCCAAAACUUUGGGAGAACAAGAGUACAAAAGAAAUCACCAAGGCGGCGUUAACUCACUGGUAUAUUCAGAGCUAGAUAAUAUGCUAUUUUCCUCUGGCUUCGAUAAGAGUGUCAUAGUUUGGGAUAUGAAAUAA